AGAUUUGGCAGCUCCACGGCAACCAGCCAGCCAGUGAGGGAGGAACUGGCUUCCGGUGGCCAGAGGCAGGCGGCUCACUUGCCCAGGAUUAAGUGGGAUCGGGAGAGAUUACAGCCCUCUCUCUCUCUUGUUCCCCGUCGCUCGAUGAAAGUGUAUUGCUCCGUCCAGUCUCCGGGGAAUAGUUUCCCAUCAUAUUUACAUUUUCCUGCACCCGUGUUGGUGCUAAAAACCUGCAGGAGCUGGAGGAUAAAGGCUUGUGGCAUCCCUAAGGAUUCAGACAUACAGGUUUUUUCCAGCCCUUGUAAGCAGUCAGCAGGUGGUUGGGGUCAAAGGUGGGGGGUCCAGUGAACAUGAGGCAGGCGGUGGAGGCUCAGGUGUUAAGCCCCCACUGUGAACUAGGAGAACACGGCCUGCGUCAGAUCCUGACAGAUGUGAUUGAGGAGGUGAGGCAGUCGGUAAAUCAUGACAUCGAUGGAGCAGAGAUCCUCCACAGUCUGCUGAACGCCUCCUGGCUGCAGUCGCUGCUCAAGGUUUAUGAGUGUCUUCAGAGGUACCUGAGGGAUUCCCCAGCACCAGCCCUGGACUACGCUUCAGGACUGUCACUUCAGUUGCUGAUUGACAUCAGAGCGUUGCCAGGCUGCUCUGAAGAGGCCAAAGAGCUCUACCGCCUCCUGAGACAGCCGCACCUGCAGGCUCUUCUCUCAGCUCAUGAUACGGUAGCCCAGAAGGACUAUGAGCCCGUACUUCCACCAGUGCCAGACGACCUGCCGGACGAUGAGGAGGCCACCAGGAUCGUCUGCCUGGUCAAGAACAAACAGCCUUUGGGAGCGACUAUAAAGAGAAACGAGAUCACAGGGGAGAUUUUUGUUGCUCGGGUGAUUCACGGAGGGCUGGCUGAUCGAAGUGGACUGCUCCAUGCAGGGGACAGGAUCAUAGAGGUGAAUGGUUUUCCUGUUGAUGGGAUGGAACCUGAGCAAAUUAUCCAAGUUGUGCAAGCGAGGUCACACGGUACCAUCAUGUUUAAGGUCGUUCCCAUCACCGAAAGGCCGGUCCACAACCAGACGAUGCUCUACGUGCGGGCCAUGGCCGACUACAGCCCUCAGCAGGACCCGACCAUCCCCUGCGCAGAUGCAGGUAUGAGCUUCAGAAAAGGUGACAUCCUGGAGAUUGUGGACCAGACGGACGCCCUCUGGUGGCAGGCCAAGAAACUCCCCAGCGACACAUCCUGCGCCGGCCUCAUCCCCUCCACCAACCUGCUGAAACGGAAGCAGAGGGAGUUCUGGUGGUCUCAGCCUUUUCAGCCACAUGGCUGCAUACAGACCUUGAGCACUGUAGAGGAAGAAGAAGACAUGAUGGCCAUCGAUGACAAAUGUGUUGAAGCAGAUGAGGAGGCAUUUGAAUCUGAGGAGCUCAGAGAAGAGGAGGAUGACUUCAGCAGCAACAUCGAAGGGAUCUACUUAGUGGGCUUCAGGCGCAGCAUGCGUCUGUGUCGGCGGCGGUUUCACAGCACCACCCAGCCGUCCUGCCACACCCGCUGCCCCAGCAGCUGCUUCAACGCCCUCAACAGCCCCUACGAGGAGGUGGUGCGCUACCAGCGCCAGCCGCAGGACGCACACCGCCUCAUCGCCCUCUUAGGUCCGUCUGGUGUGGGUGUGAAUGAACUUCGGAGGCGCUUGAUUGAAAUAAACCCCAACAUCUUCCAGGGAGCUGUACCUUACACCACAAGAGCACCCAGAGGAUACGAGGAGUCUGGCAGAGAAUAUUACUUCACCAGCCGAGAAAUCUUCGACAACAUGGUGUAUAACAACAGGUUUCUGGAAUACGGGGAGUACAAAGGGAAUCUGUACGGCACCAGCAUCAAGUCUGUGAGGGACGUUUUAAACAGCAGAAAGAUCUGCGUCAUCGACAUUGAGCCAAACGCCAUUCAGGCAGUGAGGACCCACGAACUAAGGGCCUACAUCAUCUAUGUGAAGCCUCCGCCACUGGAGCGCCUCAGGGAGACCAGACAGGACUCGUACAUCACCACCAACUACUAUGUCAACCGACCGUACAAAGAUGAAGACUUCCAGGAGAUGGAAGAAGCUGCCCGGAAGAUCGAGUCCCACUACUGGCAGUUCUUUGACCACGUGAUCGUCAACGACGAGCUGCAGGACUCCUGCGUCCAGCUGCUGACGGCUGUGAGGAAGGCGCAGGACGAGCCGCAGUGGGUCCCUGCCAGUUGGAUACGACCCACCGGCGAGUCGUAAGAGGGGGCGGAGGAGGAGGAGACAAGGGGACAAGGGAGAUGUGACCCCUAUUAUCAUGGCAGCAAUUAUUUUCAAUCUCAUUUUACAGAUUCCUCACUAACAUGUAAAUCAAUUGCAUGUUUUAGGGGAGUAGGGCAUGAAAGAAAUCUACUUAUUUGUUUGUUUUAUUUUGAUCUUGUUGUUACUUGUGUGCUUGAUCUGGUUCUUAAGUCGCUUCAAAUCCCCAAAGAUAAGAUGGAGCUGGACUCAUGCCCAAAGAAACCAAUGAAACUGUGUCAGAGUUUAAUGUCAGAAGUUUAAAUUUAGAGCCAACUAGAAGUAACUAGUUAACUAUUUAUUUGUACUAAGACUAAACAGUUUAAAACUACUUAAGUGCACCUUCUUCUGGGCUUUUUGGAGCAACAAAGGCGUAUUAUGAAAGUUAUUAUAGGCACAUGUUGCUCAUAGAAAAAACAGUUUCCUGCUCUGCAUGCACCUUUAAUUUAGCAAAAUGUUCACUGUGGCCACCGGAGAACAAAACAGACAAAACAAGUUAAUUUCUUGCCCCGCUCCCCACUCUUGUACACAGACCUGCAAUAAAGAAUGUGAUCUUUUUCCAAUUGAUGUUUACAUGCUAGAAAGCAAAGUGGUUUCUUGUUUAAUGUUGUUAUAUGUUUUGUUUUUCAUUCUGAAUUUGUGUCAUUUCUUUGUGGUUUACUAUAGCCUAAAAUGUGUCAUUGCAUGCCAAAAAAAUUACGAAACGUUAACAAAAAGCUGUGUUUGGGAAGCUCUCACAAAAAUUACACUUUGUGUCCUUAUUUAAUUAAAAUAAUGUGAUAAUAUGCAAAAGUGCAAGCAAAGCAAUGCCAUUUUAUUAUUUGUACCCGUUUGUGACAUUAAUAAACCACUUCUGAUAGUAA